AUGGUGUCCCUGAGCAUCUGGACGGCCGACGAAUCCACAGACGUCAUUCCGUUCAUAUCGAACACCACAUGUUUGAUCGGCCCGCUCGAACGCAGCGCGGCCGGAUGGCUUUUCACCGACCCGCACAGCUCCAAACGACGGAGUCGGGCCUUCAUGUCGCUCGCGUUGGUGAACGUGAGCGGUUCGGGGAUCUUCACUAUCAAACACCCUUCUCUAUCCUCCAGGUUGAGCUUGGACCCGGCAGAACGCACCCCGGACGUUUGUUCGGCCGCUGCUGUCUGCGAGCGGUCGGCGUUCACGAGCGUGGCUGUUCCUGCCACCUGGGAAAGAAACUGGAUCCGCGACUUGGUGGAGUGUUUGAUCACGCGGAUCACCGAGUACGAGCAUCCCAGCGCAACGCCCACGUCGAUCGACACAAACAGCGACGCCGCCAGCGUCACCACAAACGUGACGAGCUCGUUGUAUCCUCUGGUGCGGAUAUGGAAUAAUAUGUCUUUAGGGGUUUCCUGGACGAGCGAGAGCCCGACGGUGCCGAUGACGGCGUUCAGAACACAGAUCGGCAGAUGGUACACGUACGGGAGCAUGUAUGCUGUGACCAGGAGCGUGGUGAGGCCCAUUAUGAACCCGGAAACCGGGGUUUUGGCUCCGUUGAUAGAGUUGAGUCUGGACCGGGCCUCUCUGUUGGACGAGACGGGCAUCUCCAGGCUGGAACCCAGACUUUUCCCGGCCGAGGAGCUUUCGAAAAAACCCAGGAUCGCACACACAAACGAGGUCGAGAACACCUUUGGGUACCACUGUUUGGCGUCGCCGGCGAACGGCAGCGUGAACUUGAAGUCCUCGACGUCGACCUUGCCCAGGACGCGCACGCCGUGCUUGUCGAAGCGGAAGUGUGCAGACAAAAUUGUUGAGAGCACCACCACGACCAGAAUCUCGGGGAAAAACGUGGACAGCUUGAAUUUCCGGCGAGCAAGCGCUUUCUUCACAGAGCUGGCUGCCAGCAGCACCACAAAUGCGCCGAGCCCCACAACCAGCGGUGAGCAGAACGGUGUCGAUGCCGAGGAUGGCGAUGGUGGAGUUGAGGAUCAUGGUGAGGCCGAUUGCGGUGAUGAAGCCCUUGAGCAGCGUUCCGCAGAGCACGUUGUCGAUGAAGCCGAAGCGGAGCAACCCGAACGUGAGCAACACUGCGCCCGCGGAAGAGGUGAUCACGGCGAGCACGUCGACUGGGUUCACGCCGUCGUUGUGCUUGACGAUCUUCUCGAUCGCCUGCCCCACAAUCAUGGACACUGCGGCCUCAGGCCCCACAAUCAUCUGCGGAACGGUUCCGAGCAAUGUGUACACCAUGGGCGCGAUCGAAAGCCCCAGCAGCCCGCAGAUGGGCGGGACGUGGGCCACCGCGCUCGCAAACGACAUGCUGAGCGGGAUCUGUACGGCAGUUUCUGGGCGAUGGUGAGGCUCUGUGUGCUGCGCGAGUGGGCCACCUGGCGCGUGCUGCCAAGCGAAGACGUCUCUGACGACCUGGACACCCCGGACGAGCUGAGGGGCUCUAUGUCUGGGUCGUUGAUGGCCCCGAACGAGGGGGGCUGGACGGCCGGAGUCUUGCCGUGCAAGACGGCGCGUUUGACCGACCCGUCGCGUAGAUCUUUCUCCCUGGACGAUGCCAUGUGUAGCGAAUACGAGGCAAAAUAA